AUGAUUGCCUUCUCAUACUUUCCACCUCGUCCUAGACUUGGUCGACACAAGAUGCUCAGUUCUAUCACAAAAGAAAUCGAUAAUAUUGAAAUUCUCCUCAUGUCAGGGUCGUUCGCUUACCUUGUCGUUGGCCUUACCUGGGGUGGAACUACUCAUCCAUGGAGAUCAGGACAGUGCAUCGGAACGCUUACUGCGGGGUGUAUUGGCCUCGUGAUCUUCGGAAUUUAUGAGGCUUUCGUCGUCACCGAAGGAAUCUUUGAUCAUCGACUUUUCGAAACCAUGAACUUUCCCAUUUUGCUUUUCGUUUGCAUAAUAGAUGGCAUGCUUCUUCUUGGCGUCAAUGUCUUGUAUUCACAAGAGAUCUUCGAUCUUUUUACAGCCGAUGCUGUUAGUAUUGCUGUCAUUCUCUCUCCAUUUUUGAUUACAUCAGCAUUUGGGUGUAUUCCAGCUGGAUGGGUAAUGGCUUCAACGAAAUCAUAUCGUUGGAUGCUGGUCGGAUCUUUAUUUUGGUGUGCUUCAUUUACAGGCCUUAUGGCCAUGGUAAAUUCAACCAGACUCCCUAUGGCACUUGCUUUCACCACUCUCUUCGGCCUCGGAACUGCUGUGACUACCACCAUUCCAUCUGUGGCGUUGGGGUUGUCAGUUCCAGCAUUCAUAAUCGGAACAGGGGCCACAGUCAGUAGCAGUUGUCGUGCUUUGGGAGGUGUUAUCGGCAUCACUGUUUUCACUGUUAUAUACAAUAACAAAUAUGCAGAGCUGGUAGGACCAGAAAUUGCUGCCAAUACCAAUGCACCUGUUCUUGUUAAUGAGAGUGUGGAGGCGUGGAAAUAUGUCUGGGUCGCAGUGGCUUCUCUUCUUGCAGCGAGCGGUGUAGCUGCAUGCUUCUUGAAGAGCGUUGCACCGAUGAUGAACCACCACGUAGAAUCUGCGCUGGAGCCAUCGAAACUUCGUGAAGCUCAACUUUCUUAA